CAACAUUGACGCCUUCAUGCCCUGCAGGCCGUUGCUAUUCACAUGACGCACGGUUUUGUACUCUCACUCUUCUCUCGAUCAUUGUGAAACUCGCGUGCUUGAAGGAUCUGACCAUGUUUUGGUGAACGCGAUAGCAAAACCUCUCGCUCGAGGAAGGGAUCACCUGCUAGCGUUUACAACCCGCGCCUGCGCAAACAAACAACAUCACCAUACACAGCAAGCCGGAACUUGCCACAACCGCAAUCAUGGCGGGCCGACCGACUUUCCAUUCGCCAUCGCAUGAUCGGUUUCAUGCGCAUAGCCCGACGAAGUCGUCGCCACUGCGGCACACUGUCUCUACGAGAUCCAACAAUAGCGAUACCGACCAAUCGAGUAUACCGAGUCGGCAAGGAACCGUCAGCAGUAAUGCGACCUCAGUCUACAGCCACAGCAGCCACAGUGAAUCGAUAUCUCCCGAAGAUCCAUUCAUCACUCGUGCAGGAUCGAAGCGAGAUCGUUCGGAGUCACCUGUGAAGAAGAGUGCGGUCUUUGCGAAGUGGGAGCAGCGCGAGCGGACCGUUCAGGACGAGCAAGCAGGACUCGGAUCUCGUGCGCCGCCAAGGAUGGACAUCUCGCCGAAGAAGUUGAGAGAUGACGAUUGGCGCCAAAACAUAGGGAAAGCAGAGGUCGCAUCGACACCCAGAGCAGUGCUGGGUCCCGUCCAGCAAAAUGCCGUGCCAGAGAGGUUCCCCUCACCUUCGGACGGAACGGAAAACAAACGUAAUGCUUUCGAGAAAAGCACUGUGCAGCCAUCAUCCAUUGAGGACAAUCGCAAGUCAUUUAUACCGCAGUUUGGGUUAUCCAAAAGCAUACCAGACGAAGCGAACACGACUCUCAACCCCUCAAAUCCUGAUACCCCACACAGUCUAUCAUCCUCAGCUACGAGAAAUAGUCUUGCCACCCUGUCGCGCUCAGAUUCAGUACGCGCGAGUACUCGGCCGUCGAGACCAAGAGGUCAUGUGCGCUUCACUUCGACUGAUCAAUCAAUGCCUCAUUUGAACAAUGACGACCUCGACAAGCUUGAAAAGUCUUCCACGCCACAACUGCGCCAUCUCAGUCAGAUAGCCGCAGAGAGCGGUAGCACUGACGAUCUUGAGGUUCACUCACCACAGGAGCAAGUCACUGGCCUUGCCGGUAGAAGGCGCCUGCAACGAUCAGGAUCGACUCGGGUCGUUAAGGCGCAGUCAAAAUUUGCUUCAGCAUACACAAACACCAAAUGGAUGGAUACUCAGCGUAAGCACCUGCAAGCGUACGAGUAUCUUUGCCAUAUCGGGGAAGCUCGAGCCUGGCUCGAGGACGUCUUAGAACCCGACAAGCUUCCACCAAUCGUCGAGCUUGAACAGGCACUUCGUGAUGGUGUGACUCUCGCCGAAGCUGUAGUCCGCCUCGCCCCAUCACUAUCUGCAGCACAGCAACGCGCACUGGGCUCGCAGCGAAUAUUUCGAUCCCCACGGUUGCAAUUUCGACAUUCAGAUAACAUUGCCCUCUUCUUCCGAUUUCUGGCUGAGAUCGAGCUGCCUGAGCUCUUUCGGUUCGAAUUAGUUGACUUGUACGAGAAGAAGAACAUCCCUAAAGUCAUUUACUGCAUCCACGCGCUCUCAUGGAUGCUGUUUCGGAAAGGAAUUGUUGAGUUUCACAUCGGCAAUCUUGUUGGUCAAUUGCAAUUCGAAGACCACGAAUUAGAGGAGACACAGAAAGGUAUUGACAGGAGCGGAGUUGCCAUGCCGAAUUUUGGUGGUAUGAGAGAAGCAAUGCAAAUUGAAGAGGAGCCACUUCCACCAGAGCCGACUCCGGAGGAACUGCUUGCCGAGCAAGAGGAGGUUAUCAACGACCUUCAAGCUCAGGUUCGCGGUGCCUUGGUCAGGAUGCGACUCGGUAGUGUCAUGCAGGGCCUGUGGGACGCCGAAGCCCAUAUUGCUCAUUUCCAGUCUCUGGCUCGUGGAGGCUUCGCUCGUCAAGUGUUCGACUUCCGCCAUGCUAUGGACGCAUCCACAAAACGAUUCCAAGCUGCCAGCAAAGCUUUCCUGAUUCGACGAUCCUUGACUCAGAAACAAAGCACCUGGGAGAACAACAAGGUGGCCGUUGUCCGUCUACAAAGUCUAUGGCGAGGACGACAGCAAAGAGUCAACACUCAAACAAUCAGGACUCAACUCAGUUGUCACAAGCACGGUCUCAAGGAGUUUCAAGCAGCCAUUCGCGGCGCACUCGGUCGAUGGCGGGCCAGUGAUGUAUGGCAAGAAACCAGAGACACCCAAAAUGAGGCGCUUAUACAGGCAUUACAAGCUGCGGCGCGGGGCGCCGUUGAACGAAUGCGCAUUGGACGUACCAUGAACUCAUUGUGGGAUGUCGAGGAUGCCGUGGUGGAAUUGCAAGCAAUCAUAAGAGCAACACAUGUGCGAUCCGAGAACAGAGGUCACAAGACCGCCACACGACAGGAAACUGCCCAGGUCGUCGAGCUCCAGGCGGCUGCUCGAGGUUUGUUGCAGAGGUUCCGGAAUAAACAACAACACGGCAAAUGGCAAAUGCACGAGUCAGGAGUGAUUCAAGCACAAGCUGCAGCUCGUGGCUUGCUCGAGCGCCUGCUACAGGCAAGAACCCAAGGAGCUCUGCAAGGUCGAGAGACGACGAUCGUGAAGCUGCAAACAAUCAUCCGAGCAAGAAAUGCAAGAGCUCAACAUGGGCACGUUGUCGAGGAGCUCCAGUCUCAUCACAAUCCUCUCGAGAGGCUACAAGCAUUGGCUCGAGGCCAAGCGGAACGUCAAAAAACCGAAUUCAUCCGGAGCAGUCUCAAAAUGCACGAGCAGGGUGUACUCAAUAUACAGGCACUUGCACGAGCAAUGAUUGAGCGGAGGCGGAUAGGAACCGACCUCUCAGUACUUGAGGACGUGGAGGACAAGAUCACUGACCUGCAAUCCCUGGCCCGAGCUUAUCUAGAACGCCAGCGUGUGUUCGAACAGCUCGUCGAGAUGGAACGCGAAGAUGACCAGAUCGUUCAGUUGCAAGCAUUGUCGCGAGCCAUCCUUGUGAGAAGCAGCAUCGGAAGCAUUCUUGCUGAACUCGAAAGUUAUGAAGCAGACAUUGUUGACGUUCAGGCAGCGCUUCGCGGCUUCGUCAUAAGAAGACGAUUCGCAGAGAAGCGUCGCCAUUAUAACGAGAACAUGCAGAAGGUCAUCAAAUUACAGUCAAUCGUGCGUGCUAAGCAACAAGGCGAGAGCUACAAAAGCCUCGUUACCGGCAAGAACCCACCAUUGCCCGUCGUUCGUCGACAUCUCCACUUGUUGACAGACUCUAAUCUCGAGUUCGAAGGCGAAUUGGAGGCGGAGCGACUACGUCAGCAAGUGGUGGAAAGUGUUCGAAGAAACGAGCUCGUUGAGAAGUACGUGGAAGGUCUGGACGUGAAGAUCGCUCUCCUUCUCAAGAACAAGAUCGCGUUGGAUGAAGUUGUCAAACAUCAGAAGCAUUUUGGAGGAUCUGCAGCCCAACUGCUUCGAUCGGGAAGCACGUUGUCCCACGGCAACGGACUAGACCUCAAAGCUCUGAACAAAAACUCGCGCAAGAAGCUUACAGGUUACGAAGAACUAUUUUUCCUGGUCCAGACGCAAUCUCAAUACCUGACGCGACUUUUCGCACAGAUAAGUAGCCGCGGCCUAGCUGAAAAGGAUAGCAAGAACCUUGAGCGCUUGAUGCUGGCUCUCUUCGGGCAAGCACAAAAGUCGCGCGAAGAACAGCUUCUUGUAAAGGUCCUUGCUCAGAGCAAUCAAGUCACCAUCUCGCAAUGCCAAAGCCUAGAAGAUCUGACAAGACAGCACAAUGGCACCUUCCAUCAACGGCUUCUACUGAAUUAUGUGCGAAGUCCUCGAGACAGAGCCUACCUCAAGACCCUGCUGGGUAGCAUGAUCCGGGAUGGGAUCUGCGCACAGGAUAACCUGGAUCUUGAAAGCGAUCCGUUGCAGAUCUACCGCGCUAUCCUGAACAACGAGGAGCUAUCCACCGGUCGACCGUCACAAAGACCACGAGACCUUCCCAGGGAGGUAGUAAUCCGUCAAGAGGACGUUCGUCCCAGAUACGUCGAGCAUCUCGAAGAACUCCGUGACCUUGGUGACGCAUUCUUCGCCAAUCUUGAGGAGAGUCUCCAUCGUAUGCCAUAUGGAAUCCGCUACCUGGCUGCAGAACAGCAUCGCGCACUCUGCAGCCAAUUUUCUCACGAUGAUCCUGCCCAUUUGGCUUUGUAUGUUGGAACUUGGCUGUGGAAAUCUUACAUCCUGCCGGCAGUUCGUGAGCCUGAGAUGUGGGGUGUUGUCGAUCGUGGUUUAAGUCCUGUACACAAGCGGAACCUCGCACAAGUCAUUACCCUACUGGGACAAGUUGCAGGUACAGGUCGACUUUUCGGCGCCGAAAACAUCUAUCUGCAACCCCUUAACAGCUGGGUCGGCGAAUCUCUAGAGAGAUGGCAGACAUGCCUUCAGAAUUGCUUCGACAUUCCUUCACCGGAGCAACAUUAUGACGCCGAUCAAUACAGUGACCUGUAUUCGACAACGAAGCCAACCCUGUACAUCAAGCUGGCAGACGUCUUUGCCAUCCAUGGCGUCAUUGUUGACAAUCUCAAUGUCAUGUCUUCUAUGCGAGACGACCCGAUUAAGGAGAUUUUGAUGGAUCUCGGUACCCCUAAGAGCAACGAGAGCGAUCUGGGUGGUGCAGGUAAUGGCGGCGAAAUCACGUUGACUUUGAAGUCAAGAUUCACAAUCCAGGAGGAUCCCAACGCAGAGACGAGGGCCAUGUUCAUGGCGACGAAACGGUUGAUCCUAUACAUCAUCCGAGUGCAAACAGGAUCUAACUUGAUGGAGAUUCUCCUGCGACCGAUUACGCACGAGGACGCCGACCGCUGGAUUGCUCUGGUUCAAGAGGAGAUUGACGAGAAGGAGCGCGAGCAACGCUCAUCUCGCCGCCCUCGCUCUGCCAUCUUCGAUCCACGACACUCUUUCCGUGGCAGCCGUCCAAAAUCCGUCUAUUCCGAAGCCCCUUCCGCCUUCUCAAGCGACGACCGUCGCGGCAACGAGCUCCAAGAUCUUCACGGCAUGACUUACGCAGAGCUGAAAUCCAGCGUGCUGGAGAACAUCCUGCAGCUCGAACAGUCUCACGUUGCGCCUCAAUACCGCGUCAGCCGUCAAAACCACUACCAAGAGCUCCUCAACGCGCUCGCCUCGGACAUUCGCCAAAAACACCGUCGCCGCCUCGACCGUCAACGCGAGACCGAGGCCACGCGCGCCACCCUCUCCCAGCUCGACGCCAAAGCGAUUUAUCUCGAGGACCAGCUGAAGAACUACAACGACUACAUCGAGCAAUGUCUCCACACGCUCGCCAGCAAGAAACAGAACAAGCACAGCUCCUCAACCUUCGGCGUGCGCAGCGCCGGCGGGAAAUUCAUCCUGCCCUUCACCAAGCAGUGGUCGCACGAGCGCGAACUCGAGCGCGCCGGCCGCAAGCCGCAAUUCGGCUCGUACAAGUAUUCCUUGCGCCAGCUCGCGGACAAAGGCGUAUUAUUGGGCUGGCCGCGCUUCACCCCUGACCAGUGGGGCCAGGUGGAUGUCGUGGUCAGCUCCGACGAGGUGGGAGUGUUCCACCUCGAGGCCAGUACAGGCAGCUUGAUGGUUCCUGGAGCCAGCGCGAACGUCCUGCUCGAUGAGCUCUUGCAGGCGCAAUAUGACAAUCGGAAUGCGGUGGUGGUAUUUGAGGAGGGUGGAAGUGGGGGUGUGAGUGUUGGGGCUGGAGGUACGACGACGGCGAGUGGUGCAAGUUUGGCGGUGAAUCUUUUGCUGCAUUUGGUGUUUAAGAAGUUUUAUCGGGACGAGUGAGGGAAAAUGGGGAAGGGGUCGUUUUUGGUCUCGGUGAAGAGAAGGGCGGAGUUCUUGACGGAUGUUUGCUUGUUGGGUUCAAGGAGUUGUUGGCAUGGUUUUUUUCGUCAGCAUACAUUUGGUUCCGGAGUUUUCGGGAGUGAUACCUGGGGAGUGAAAAGCCGUUGGGAGGCACCUCUUCGUCCAAGAGCAUGCUGUCAACCCGGAAAUGGUGGAAAAUCGCAUGAAGUUAUCACAGCGCUUACACAGAUCUAUUUGAGAUCAUGAACGAUACGUUUUUACCGCUCG